UAUUUGACAGACAGUAAACAUCAAUAUAUUUUCACGUCCCUUGAUUUCAUUUGAUUUCAUUACAUUUGAUGCAGGUAAAGAUUGAUUUGCUGGAUUCAUUCUAUUUUUCAAAGUUAAUUUGUAAUAAUUAAAUUAGACUUCACAUUGAAGAAAAACACGAAAUAUGGUUUUGACUAAAGAAUACAGAAUAUGUAUGCCGAUGACUGUAGAAGAGUACCGUAUUGGUCAGCUAUACAUGAUAGCUCGGCACAGUUUUGAACAAUCCAACAAUGGCGAGGGUGUGGAGGUGGUCGCCAAUGAACAGGUUACUGAUAAACUUAAUGGAGUUGGCCAGUUCACUGAGAAGAGAAUACAUUUGUCCAGUCACCUCCCCUACUGGCUCCAGUCUUUAAUACCCAAAAUAUUUUACAUUACUGAGAAGGCAUGGAAUUAUUAUCCUUACACUAUUACCGAAUACACAUGUUCCUUCAUCCCCAAGUUCUCAAUAUCGAUUCAGACUAGAUACGAAGACAACAAUGGGACCACUGAAAAUUGCUUGGGGUUAACUGCAGAGGAACUGGAGCAAAGGACAGUCGACUUUCUGGAUAUCGCUUAUGAUGAGAUAAAGCCACAUCAUUACAAGGAGGCAGAAGACCCAAAGUUCUUCAAAUCGGAAAAGACCGGCCGAGGUCCCCUGGUUGAGGGAUGGAGAGAGACGCACCAACCGAUCAUGUGUUGUUACAAAGCUGUAUCUGUCAAGUUUGAAGUGUGGGGCUUGCAGACAAGGGUGGAAGAAUAUGCUCAAGGGGCCAUACGCGAGAUCUUGUUACUUGGACACAGACAGGCUUUUGCUUGGAUGGAUGAAUGGUUUAACAUGACCCUUGAUGAUGUACGGGAAUAUGAACGAGAGAUGCAAGUAAAGACGAAUAUUAAGCUUAAAGCAACACUAGAGAAUGUCGAGGGCAAAGAGGAAGACGAUAAAUCCGAUUCAUCGAAACCCCAAACUCCGAGAACGCCGAAGUCGUCAAAGAGUAGCAGCAGCACCCCCACAGGGGAGAAUAGAACGUGGUUCAACUGGUCGUAAAUACUCAUUCAUUCCGAUCAGAGUUGAUCUCUUCAUGGGCGUGGCUAGUCAUUUUCCAGGAGGGACUCGGGCACAGGCCCGAAAGCGCUAUAAAUUUUAUGUCUUUCCAUUUUUUUUUGCUAUCAUAUUUAAUUAUUCCAAUUCCUUAACAUCCUGGUCCGCGCAUGGAGCCCCCACUCCUUUACUAGCUACGCCUAUGGACCUCCCUAACACAGGGUUUAUUUGUAUGUGUGUUCAUUGUUGCCUUUCAACUUACCUCACAACACUAUUUCAAUUUAUAAACCCUGAAAUGAAUAUAUAGAUGGAAUUGCUUAUUGUUAUAUGUGGUGUUAAUUUUGUUACUAGGAAAUUAUUAGGACUGCCAUCUGAAAAUAAAUCGGAGUUAGUGAAACUAAACUUUUGAAAUUAUAGUAUAAUACAUUGUAUAUUUUAUUUGUAUCAUAUUAAAAAUCAGCCUCUAUCGAAAUAUACUUCGUUAAAAAACCCACUUAUAUCGAAUCUAGAAAUAAUAACGAACAAGAAGCAGAUGGCAAGGAUAAGUUAUAAUAUGAAUGAAGAGCUAUACUGAGAGUUAGUCACAAAACAUAAUUUUAUGAGUGAACUGUAGUUACCAUUCCUACGUUUGAGAUGUUUGUUAGUUGUAGUUAAAUGAUAUACUCUUGAGUGACUCUUAAUAAUUUAGAACAAUGCGUUUAGGAAAUCUUUUAGUAAUAAGUUUUUGAGUUAUUAGUCAAGAUGUUUCUUGCAGUACAAACUACAAAGUAUCUUCCCCUACAAAGCAACAUUACUUCUGUUGUGUAAGAAUCGCUGUGUAGUAAAAUACUUUAAUUUUAGUGGAUUUAUAGGAAUUUUUGUUUAGUUUAAUAUAGUGAAAAGAAGUUUUAUCGACUUAUUUAUGUAAGGGGUACUCGUGCAGUUUACAUGUUUGACACCUAUUGCUUCUAAAUAGAACUAUUCAAGUGUCUGUCUGUCCUUUAGUUAAGGCGAUACCUCAAGGUCCAUUUUCAUACAUUUUGUUUCACCUUUAAUCUGGGUAACUAAACAAGUAUUGGCAAGUAAAGAAUUUGAAUUCACGUCUAGUUAGUGAUUA